AUGUUCAAAAAGGUGCUUCUAGUACUCAGUGUAUCCUUGUCGAUGGCCAUUUCCGUGCCUGUGGCUGGUGGUAUUGGUCAUGGAUAUGGAUAUGCCGCAGCACCGGCGAUUUCUUAUGCCGCACCCGCAGUUUCAUAUGCCGCCCCAGCCGUUUCAUAUGCCGCUCCAGCAGUCACCUAUGCGGCGCCAGCUAAAGUAGCUGUAGCAGCCGCCCCAGCUAUUGUUGCAGCACCUGCAAAGGUUGCAGUUGCCGCCGCACCGGCUAUUGUUAAAGCCGUAGAACCCGAGCCAUAUGAUCCCAAUCCACAAUAUAGCUUCUCCUAUGGAGUUUCAGAUCAUUCUACCGGAGAUUCGAAAUCGGCCCAUGAAUCAUUAGUAAAUGGUGUUGUACAGGGUAGCUAUUCCCUGACUGAAGCUGAUGGUUCCAUUCGUAAGGUAACCUAUACCGCCGAUCAUAUUAAUGGUUUCAAUGCCGUUGUGGAAAAAUCCGGCGGAGCUGUUAUUGCCGCUAAACCUGUCGUGGCCGUAGCAGCUGCUCCAGCUGUUGCCAAGGUAGCUGUGGCCGCCCCUGCCAUUGCUAAAGUCGCCUAUGCUGCUCCAGCUGUUGGUUACAGUUACGGUGGUUAUCAUCACUAA